UAUGGAACAGGAAAUUAUGUGGAUGGUCGUCUUCCAAAGUUCUUCAAAGUGUAUUUACCUGAUGAAUCUGGAGAUGAUCUGGAAUUACCCAUCUCUUUCAACAUUUUUUUGCCAAAGUCGUUGCCUAAAAGUGUAAUUGUUAGAAGCAUUUAUGGAAACAUUUGGAAAAUGGCGUUUAGGAAGUGUUGUGCUGAUAACGAGAGAUUUGUAAUGGUUAAUGGGUGGAAGAAGAUUGUAAAGGAGGUAGGUUUGAAGGGUGGAGAGUUCUUGGAGUUUGAUUUUGAUGGCUCUUGGUGUUUCAAUUUCUGUGUCUACGGCCGUGAAACGUGUAAAAUGCUUAGAAGUUCAGUGCAAAUCAAAGAGAUCGAAGAUGUAUCGUCUGAUGGUGAAGAUGAAAAACAUAGUGAUGAUAUCACAGUUCUUAAUGAUGAGAAUGAUGAUCAAUAUUAUGGUGACGAAGAUAAAUCUAGUGAAAACAUCAUCGUUCUUGAUGAUGAUACUAGUGGUGUUCAAGACUAUGUUGCGGAAGAUACAUCUACUGAAGAUAUCAUAGUUAUUGAUGAUGAUGAUGAUGGCGAUGAUGAGAAUGAAAAAAAGAAGAGGAGUUAAAACAGAGAGAA